AUGAAGCCCCAAGCUCCAGCUCCAAGUCAGUCCCCACCACAGCUCCCUUGGGUGACUCCCCAACCUCCUCCUCCUCAGCCUCAAGCUCAGCCUCAGCCACCAAUUCAUUAUUGGGCUGCCCAGCCCCAAUGGGCUCAACCUCAAGAGCAAGCACAGGUCCAACCACCAUGGGUUCAGCCUCAAGAACAAGUACAACAACAGCCCCAGUCACAUUGGGCUCAGCCUCAAGAACAAGUUCAGCAACAGCCCCAGCCACCAUGGACUCAGCCUCAAGAACAAGCACAGGCCCAGCCACCAUGGGUUCAACCUCAAGAACAAGCCCAGCAACAGCCCCAGCCACCUUGGGCUCAGACUCAAGAACAAGUUCAGCAACAGCCCCAGCCACCAUGGACUCAGCCUCAAGUACAAGCACAGGCCCAGCCAUCAUGGGUUCAACCUCAAGUUCAGCAACAGCCCCAGCCACCUUGGGCUCAGCCUCAAGAACAAGUUCAGCAACAGCCCCAGCCACCUUGGGUUCAGCCUCAAGAACAUGUACAGCAACAGCCCCAGCCACCAUGGGGUCAACAACCUCAGCCUCCACAACAGGCUUGGCCCCAGGCCCAGGCCCAGCCUCAGCCACCUUGGGUGUCAUCACCUCAGCCUCCAAUGAAUGCAUGGACACCACCACAGAGCCAGGCCCAGCCACCACAGCCACCUUGGGCUCAAUCAGCCCAACCCCAACCUACAGCUCAGCCCCAACCCCAUAUGAAUACAUGGUCCCAAGCACCUACUCAGGCUCAAGCACCUGCUCAGGCUCAAGCACCUGCUCAGGCUCAGGCUCAAGCGCAGCUACCCAUUAAUGCCUGGACCCCAGAUCAGAAUCAGGUCCAGCCACAGUCACAUUGGGCCCAAACAACUCCAACCCAAUCCCCAUCCCAGCAAUGCUGGCAACAGCCACCUCCACAGCAGACACCCCCACAGCCACCUAUUAAUGCAUGGGCCCCGGCUCAGGCACAGCCUCAGACACACACAAGUACCUGGGCCCCACAACCACAGCAAGCCCCAAUAAAUACCCAGACCCCGAUGGACAGAGUGGCUCAACCUUCUCCGAAACCUGGGAAUGCGCCACAAAAUGCUCCCCGUUCUAUUCCUCCACCUCGCCCACAGCGAAUGAAUUCUUACACGCUUGGAGAAAGGUCAUCGUCACCCCUCAUCAAUCCAAUGGCCAGCGUGUUGGUACCAGUGCGAGGCAUGGGCUCAGCUUUGUCGAUGCCGGCUGUUACAGGGAAAGGAGCUGAUUUGUUCGCCAAGAGGCAGUCUCGUAUGGAGAAGUAUGUAGUGGAUUCGGACACUGUGCUGGCAGCCACUGCACAGGCAGCCCAGCAAGCCCAGGCAGCCACUGCGCAGGAAAACAAGGAGUUUGGCCGGAGCUACAAUCUGUCCCCACCCGCCGCCAAAGCACCAUCGCUGGGCCUCCGGUCAUCGUCUGGAUCCCCCUUUCCCUCAUACAAACCCCUGGUACAGGCCUCGUCUGCUCAGGCCCCCCCGGUCAGGCAGACGUCAUGGCUGGACAGGAGUCACAAGCCUCCUUCCCCCUGGGAGGCCGCAGCUCACCACCCCAUGGGCCUGGUUGAUGAGGCCUUCGCCUUCCAGAACCUCCAGCAGGCCAUCGCCUUCAACGUUCGCUCGGCUGCCCAGCGCAAGCUCCUCCCUGAGCCCCCUGCCGAGUGGAAGGCUAGGGUGUCUGACGACCCUCCCAGGAAGACUGAGGUAUGGAACCCGAACCAAAGAUGGAACAAGAGACAGGGCUGGGGUCAGAGCCAGGGUCAGAGCCAGGGUCAGAACCAGGAUCAGAGUCGGAGUUACAGCAGAGUUAUGCCUCCGUUCCUGUCCCCGACCAAGAGCAUAGCCUCGGCCCCCACUGGUCCGACUGGUUACAGGUCGCUGCCAAGACAGUGGCAGCCACAGAGGUCCCUGACGGAGACCAACAUCGGGCCCUCUGGGGCUAUUCAUGGGUACGGAAGGCCCCUUGGGGGCCAGCAGCAGCCGAGCUACAGAUCUGUGUACCACACUAACUGGAGCUGGAGACGCUAGAGGCAGACAAACAUGAUGGUUACUUCAUAACAACACCAAAAAGUAACUCCAGGAUAUUCAGAUGAAGCUGGUAAUUGUGGCCAUAUAUAUCACCAUUAAAUAAAACUUGGGACAAUGGGAUAACACAUUGAUUGAGGUGAGUGAGGGGCUAGCUAUUAUGUUUGUGAUGUGUAUAGGAGAGAGUUUAAGAGGGAGGUCUGUUUUAGAUCUGCUUAUUCGGUUUCACUGAGAAUACUGCUAGGAGUAUACAGAUGAUGACAUUCCCGCACCAGAAUUUAGUUGAGAGAGACAGACUGUUGCAUUGCAUUCAAGUGCGCAUAAAUACCAGACAGAUUAAGCCAGUAAAUGUUUUGGUAUUGGGGACACUGUCAAUGAUGGUUCUAUUUUAGCAAAUGGGCCACUAUUGAGUUUAACUUUAUCAAGUUUUCAUUGGACAAAAAUCAAUGAGUGAUUGACGGUGCAAUUCCACCCUUCUUUUUGCUUCAGAGGCUUUCAUUUCGUCCAACACUGUGAGGCGAUAGUGGCAUUCGAAAUAAGUGAAACCAAUAGUAUUUCUUUAGAGGACGUAAUGGGCAUAAAGUAUGUUGUAAGACAGAAUGUGUAAUUGGUAUGUAUAAAAAUGAAAGGACAGUAGUAAUGAAUGGACAGGUACACUGAACAAAAUAUAAACGCAACAUGUGAAGUGUUGGUUUCAUGUUUAAUGAGCUGAAAU